AUGCAGAUUGCCAUAUAUUACGACCACAAACCCAACAAUGGCAGCGGCAAAAAUAGAAGGUCACCAGGCCAGGAAUUUUGCCGCCCCGUUCACCUUCUCAUAGUCCUGGGCAGCGGCGGGCACACCGCAGAAAUGCUCUCCAUGCUCAAACAUGCCCCGUUGGACACUAAUCUCUUCACCAAACGCACCUAUGUGGUCAGCUCAGGGGACUCCUUCAGCGCACUCAAAGCAGUGGAGUAUGAGCAGUAUCUUCUUGAGCAACAGCAAAAUUCUCCUCCCGCUUCCGCCAGUAGUGAAGGCGGAAAUUCUCAAUCUCAACCUGCGCCGGGUCGGAAUCAAGCAACAGACAUCCAGUUACAAGGCAAGAAAACUGAAACCAACGCUCCUGAUACAUCUUCACCUAAAACUCCAUUUGAGUCGCCAUCACCAUCACCAUUACAAUUACCAUACACAAUCGUCACCGUACCCCGUGCAAGAAGGGUCCACCAAUCAUACCUAACAGCGCCAAUAUCCACUCUGCAUUGUCUAUGGGCCUGUAUCCAAGUUCUACGAUGUAAUCAUUCUGAUCAAAAGUUAUCAGAAGAAAAGAACUUCUCCUCCCAAUCCUCAUCUUCACCAUCACCACCUUCAUACUCUACAACUCCAUUCCCAUCAACUCCUUACCCAGAUAUAAUCCUCACAAACGGCCCCGCCACAGCCGUUUGUGUCAUCAUCGCCGCAAAAAUACUGCGUACCACCGACUCUAUAUUACCGUUCCUCUCCUGCUUCUUUCAACUGCAACGGCCACAAGACGCUUCCCCACGCCUUAGGAAAAGAUACCUCCGCACCAUAUUCGUCGAGUCGUGGGCGCGCGUCACGACGCUUAGUUUAUCGGGUAAGAUCGUGCUGCCGCUUGUGGAUCGGUUCUUGGUGCAAUGGGACGGGCUGGACGGGUAUUCGAGUUGUUUAGGUGGGAAGGCGGAGUUUGCAGGGGCGCUUGUGGCCUAG